CGCAGCUGCUCUUCCCCCUCCUCCACCUCACCGCCGAAUCGAGACUGUUUUCUUUGCGACCAGCGGGAGGUAACCGAUUACCGUCAAGGUCUGAAUUUGUGGUACGGAAGCAGUUGGCUUAUCUUUUAUUUCAGAGAAAGCGAGCGAUGCAACCGGACUGUGGAGAGCGACGCGGCGAGAGCCGGGAAAACUCGAGCGGUGCGGGGAGUGUCUGAGAGUCUGGGUGGCGACGGCGAGUUGAGGAGGGGGAAGCAGGUCCCGGCGGAACGCUCCCCGGGGAUUGGGGGCGGUGGAGUGAGAGAGAUUCGUUCCGCGCUGGCAGCGAGCCCAGGCGCCGACAGCCAUGAAGAAAAGCCGGGAAGACGAUCUGACGAACGCGGCGCUGGAAGCGGCGUCACCUCCCAGGGGCACUACCGAGAGCCUGGUGGCCGAUCCCGACUCCGGCCCGCGGGGAGACCUCAGCUCGAUCGGCUCCGACUCCGAGAUCAACGGCUUUGUAAAUGGGGACCAGAAGAUCGACAAGUAUGGCUUUGUCGGCGGUGCUCAGUACACGGGAGACCUGCAACAUGAAGUACCACCUGAGGUAUUGCGGCAACGAGAAUCCAAGUGGCUGGACAUGUUGAACAACUGGGAUAAAUGGAUGGCAAAAAAAUACAAGAAGGUAAAACUCCGAUGUCAGAAAGGAAUUCCACCUUCACUGCGAGGACGAGCUUGGCAGUAUUUGUCAGGAAGUAAAGUAAAAAUGGAACAGAACCAUGGGAAAUUUGAUGAAAUGGAUCAGUCACCUGGAGAUCCAACAUGGCUUGAUGUAAUCGAAAGAGAUCUCCAUCGUCAGUUUCCUUUUCAUGAGAUGUUUAUUGCAAGAGGCGGCCAUGGGCAACAAGACCUCUAUAGAGUUUUAAAAGCAUACACCGUUUACCGGCCAGAGGAGGGAUACUGUCAGGCACAGGCUCCAAUCGCUGCUGUCCUCCUUAUGCACAUGCCUGCUGAGCAAGCUUUUUGGUGUCUCGUUCAGAUAUGUGAAAAGUAUCUUCCAGGAUAUUACAGUGCUGGAUUGGAAGCAAUCCAGUUGGAUGGGGAGAUCUUUUUUGCCUUAUUGCGUAAGGUUUCACCAGUGGCACAUAAACACCUUAACAAGUACAAAAUUGAUCCCAUCCUGUACAUGACGGAAUGGUUCAUGUGUGCAUUUUCAAGAACUUUGCCAUGGGUGUCUGUGCUGAGAAUUUGGGACAUGUUCUUCUGUGAAGGUGUAAAGGUAAUAUUCCGUGUUGGUCUCAUUCUGUUGAAGUAUACACUUGGCUCAUCAGAAAAACUGAAGAAAUGUCAGGGUCAGUAUGAAACCAUGGAAAAACUUCGUAGCAUUGAUCCCAGAUAUAUGCAGGAUGGCUUUCUUGUACGAGAGAUAAUUGAACUUCCUAUCACAGAAAGGGAGGUUGAAAAAGAACAUUUAAUUCAGUUGAAGAAGUGGAAGGAUACGCAUGGUGACCUCAAGUACCAGCCGCCUCCUAGACUGCAUGGUGCUAAAGCGAUCAAUGAGGCUGAGCCUCACUCUCAAAGAGCCUUGAUGCAGAUGCCAUCCAUAGUAGUACACUCCCCACCAGUGUCUCCUGAUUCAGGUAGCAAUUCAAAAAAGAAAAAGGAUAAGAAAAUGUCAAAAGAACAAAAGAAAGAAAAGAAGAAACAGGAGAAGAAGACAGGAAAAGGUGAAACAGUGGCAAAUGGAUCUACCACUGAUGAGACCAAUAGAAUUUUAAGAGAUGAACAAAAUGUUACUCACCCAACAGAUAUUACAGAGGAGCUAAAUCAAUCAAUGCUGAAAAAGGACACUCAAUUACAGCAGUCUGAACAAAGUCUCAGCUCAGAAGAACAGGACACGUAUUUAUGAGAUGAAUCAUUCCAGCACACUCUGGGGUGGGGUGGGAGUUUCAUUUGACAUUUGAAUCAUUCCAUAAGAAAACUGACAUUGGAUGGCAAGAUGGAGCUACUGAUAAUAUAUGUAUGUACUUAAUACAAUUGACAAGGUAUGAUCGUUUUGUGACUUAACAUGGCGACUCUAAACAUGAGAAAUUGGUACAAUCUUACAAGAAUUGAGUUGGUUUCACUGUUUGGAUUUGUGUGGUUAAGGAAUUCAAAGGAUGGCCAAAACCAGAGUCGUAAUUUAAUUGGCUAGUGAAACUGUUUAGGAAGAAUCUGCUUAAUAUGUUCACCUUUACUGAGUUCAACACAAAACUCUAAUUGAAUUGUUAGCUGUCAUCAGCAGAGUAAUUUUUUUUAGAGGAAUAUGUAAAUAUUUUUGCAAUAUUUUUCCAGUAAACAAUGUCUUGUAUGGAGUUGCUAGAUAUUUCUUCUUGGUUUUCAUUCCAAGUUAAGAUUAAUGAUAUUUAUAGGGCAUUCAUUUCCUUGGUUAUUCUUUGGUCAGAAGAUUCACUGUUCCCAUUUCUAUUUUGAAGGAAUGGUGAAUUGCUGUAGAAAGGAAAAGACCAUUGUUAAGCUAUUGCUGAGAUUUUGGCAUAAGGUAUUCAUUAGAAUUAUUUGAAUUAAUUUAAUGUGUAUACGUAGCAGGGAGUUAAGUUGGUGUUUUAGCUUGGUAUGAAGGUUGUGCUACCGUAAGUUUGUAUGAUUAAAACACCCUACUUUUAUUUGUAACAUUACUGUGUACAGAUAAAUUACAGUUGGAGAAGAAAUGAAGACUGGAUAUAAAUAUGCCAAAUUAAGAAAUGUUUUCCAAGCAAUGUUGAGAAUGUCAAAUAUAAACUAUAGUAAGCAGGGUAGAUAACCAUGACACCUUACAAAAACAAUGCAUUGUCCAAACAAACUAGCACUUUUCCUUCAGCUUGAGGAAUGUAAAUUUAAGUUGUUUUACAAGAGGUUUUGUAAAUCCUCUUGAUAAACUGACUACGAACGAGAAUUAAGUGUUUGCUGCUGUUGUAUAAUCCAGCUAUUUUUCUACAUAAUUAUCAAUGCACAAUGGAUUUGCAGCAAUUGCAAAGGUAUUAAAGUGCUAUAUAAACCCACAUGGAUUAAACAUAACUUUCUCUCCUUAUGUGUAAUGAAGAAUAUGAUUACAAUAUGUCUAAUUUUGGUGUUUAAUUGUUCUACAUUCCUUGAGACUAUUAAAAUAGCCAAAUACAGAUGUACAAACAAAGUUAAACUGUCUGGUCUAACAUAUAUGUUUUUUGUAUUUGAAGAAUCAUAAACUAUUUGUCAGUUUGUUUUAUGUGCAAUCUACCAUGAAAGUACAUGGAGUUUAUCGAAUAAUAGCUAAUUCCAUGUGGACAUAUAAUGUAUGUAUCUUUUAAGCUUAACAUAAUUAGAUUAUUUAUCUGCAAAUUGCUACAUUAAUAAGUUCAUCUAAGCUACACAUUUUUAUUAUCUUGCUGAUGCCAUGGAUCCAUAACACAAUCAAUAAAAUAUUCUGG